CAGGUAUAUAAGAAGCGGUAACCUCAGAUUUUCAUGAGAACUACGUCCUACAGCUAUGAAGAUCCUUGUGCUGUGUAUUUUGUUGGCUUCGUGCCUGGCGGAGGAGAUGCCCCAGGGCUCUGAGGACCUCACUCGGGUCGCCAUGGACGUUGCCGCGCAGGGCGAGGAGGAGGUGCUUCCGCCGGGCCCAGAACCGCGAGAGGAGCUUCCGCAGCAGGAGCAAGCUGAGCCUGAAAAGCUUCGCAUAUACAUCGUCCCGCACACCCAGAGGCCUCGCGUUCCUCAGCGUCCAGUAGUUCCCUUCCCUCUGGCAAGGUUCAACACGCCCUUCUACGGCACGCCGUACCCUCGCCCCUUGGGCCAGCCCUUGGUGGUCCCGACAGACCAGAACCUCUUCCGCACACACCUUCCGCAGGUGCCCGGCGAGGUCAAGGGCGACGGUGAGCUGGUCAUGGAGCACCCUCUGGCCCGCGUCGUGUACCUGAACUCGCCCACUUACAGCCCUCACUAUGUCUUCGACCCUCUGCAGGGCCAGGUCGCGCAGUCGCAGUACUUCAUUGAUAAGAAGAGCUGCCUCAACACCCCCGUGGCAGCCUUCUGUCUCACCAAGCCUGUGCUGAACAUCUAAUGGCCAUAAUUCUCUUCCAUCAUUGGAUGUUAUCGCGUACAAAGUGAAACCUCGCCUCUAUAGAACUUCAGACUGUGUACAUGUUUCUGUGUUUGUGUUCAUCAUACAUGUUCAAGAUUCAUGAAUUUGCGUUGUGAUCAUCUGCCAUUCUUUAUCUCCAAAUUACUAAACGCUUCCACCUCUUACUCUAAUAAUUGCAUGUCAGACCCAGUCAGGGGUUUAAGUUAUAUAACAUAAACAUGACAAAGUAAAUAAAGAAAUAAAUGUUCAUACGGACCACAUACUCGGGUUUGGCAAGCAUCUGACAUGUGUUGAGCGAGCGGCCGAGUGUGUCACAGCGCCCGGCCGGGACAAGGCCCGAGCCCAGGGAUGCACGAGACCCUCAGGAAAUGCGAAACAUACUGUGGUACAAAUACUAAUAUUAGUGUCGACGAUGACAAUAAAAAUAUAAAUAAUUUG